AACGCGUACAGUGUUACGUAAGCGCGUCUCUGCACGUACGGAUGUAAAGGAUAGGCCAGCGCGCCAAACUGACGUUAGCACCUUAGGACCCGCAGAAUACUGAGCAAUUAUUCAGUAUUGGCGUCAAAUAAUCGAUUUAGAUCGUGUGGACACUGUGCUAACUGGACUCUGUACCAACUUACCCGGCUAAACCAGUACUCUUUCUUCUACGAUGGGUUUGCUCGAGCGGUGUAGGGAGCUGUUCAACACCUCCAACUUGUACGAGGUUCUGGGUACAAACAAAGAGGCGAGUGAGGCAGACAUCCGAAAGAAUUACUACAAAGUGUCGCUGAAGGUCCAUCCAGAUAGGGCUCCAGACGACCCGCAAGCCACAGAGAAGUUUCAGGUGUUGGGAAAGCUUUAUGCGGUGCUGAGCGACAAGGAGCAGAGGGCCGUGUAUGAUGAGCAGGGGUUGGUGGAUGAAGAGUCGGACGUCCUCAGUCAGGACCGCUGCUGGGAAGAAUACUGGAGACUGCUCUUCCCCAAGAUCACAGUGCAGGACAUCCUCGAAUUUGAGAAGAAGUACAAGGGAUCCGACGAAGAGCGGGAGGACGUGAUCCGGCUGUACGUGCAGCACGAGGGGGACAUGGAUGCCAUCACGGCGUCGGCUCUCUGCAGCUCUCAGGAGGACGAGCCCAGGCUGUGCCGCAUCAUCCAGGCUGCCAUCAAGAGCGGAGAAGUGGAGGCCUUCCGAGCUUUUACGAAGGAGAGUCAGGCGAAGAAGAGGGCUCGGAGAAAGAGGGCUGACCGGGAGCGAGAAGAAGCCGAGGAAAUGCAGAAAGAAAUGGGGCUUGGCGAGGACGAGGAGAGCCUUGUCAUGAUGCUAAAGAAAAACCAGCAGUCCAGGGAGAGGAAUUUCAACAGUUUGCUGUCAGAUCUGGAAGCAAAGUACUCGCAAAAAGGCACGAAACCACAAAAAGGAAAAAGAGCCAAAAAAUAAAUCUUAGGGGGGGAAAAGAAAAAAAAACAAACGUUUUUUAUGUUGUUAUUCCAGUUCAGACAAAAGCAGAAAAGGAUAACUGAUCGCAAAACUGUUUCAGCCUACACAAACAUGUAAAUCGUCUUGUUUCUUGUAAUAUGUUGUAAAAGUUCUAUUAAUAAAUGCAUGCGUUUACAUAAUUUA